AUGUUAACACGUCCUCGUCGAUCCGCAGGUCUGCUUACAUUACAUCUUUAUAUUAGCAAGAGGCAAGUAGUAUUAUAUUUCCUUAAAAACACAUCAAAUAUUCAUCAUCCGUCAGCAUAUCAUAAUGACUCAAAUGGUCAUGACAUCACAUUGCCAAAUCACGAAGUAGAAAAUGAUGCUUCAACGAACUUAAAUGAUUCUCUCGGUUCUCGUUUAUCACCAUUUAGCAAACUACCACUCAUUGGUAGUACUAAUUAUAGACGAUUAAAUCAUCGGUUAUCGUUAUUUGAAACCAACGAACAUUCAUCGUCUUCUUUCUCUUCAACUUCUCUACCUCGUCCACCAGAUGGGAGACGAUCAAGCAUGACAAAUGAACAGAGGAAUCCUCGUACAAAAUUUAUUGUUAAAAAUCAAACAACUCUUUCAUUAUCCAGUGAUAUUCAAUUGGCAAUUCGUUUACCCGAUGGGGAACGUUUAGAAAAAACAUUUCGUUCGACAGAUCGUAUAACAGAUGUUCUAAAAUAUGUAGCAUCAAAGGGUAAUAAUUUAGACAAACAAAACGUUUAUUUAAGUAGUGGAGAAGUACCAAAACGAGAAUUUAAAGAUUUGAAUAUGACACUGGCUCAAGCUGGAAUUGAAACACGAACAGUUCUUUUUCUUGAUCGAUCAUAA